AUGUCCGCCCCAAAUCCCUCUAUCGCUGCCACCCGCCCCGUGAACCCGCCGGGCGCAUCUCCCGUCCUGACCAUCGACCAGCUCUGGAAAGGACUCGUCAUCAAGGCUCGUGAACCACACCGCUUCCUCGAGAUCUUUGAAUCGUGCGAGGUCGUGAAGGAAGAGGGAACUUUGAUCUCUCGUCGUGCUAAGACAAGGACUGGGCAGAUCAUCGCAGAGGACGUCCAUCUCUACGAACCCACUAUCUGUUACUUCGAGUCCGGAACCUUCCGCGUCACCAACAUCGUCUCCUACGAUUCUGCCGGCGAGCUCCAGCUCACCUUCUCCUUCGCCAACGGCAUUCCUGGACCGAACCCCGAAGAGGCCCUCACGAACCCGGUCGUAGCUGCGAAUAAGGUAGGAGAUGCAGCGGUCAAUCAUACACUGGAGGCUGUGAGGGGGUUGGUCAGGUCUGGAGAGAUCCAGUAG